UAUAUUUAAAGGAAUCUGCAAUACAUCUCCGAUUUUAUUGGAACCUAGUUCAAUAAAUAAACAACAAAAAAUGCCUCGCUACCAGAAGCUAAUCAAUGAAGAAGACAACAAGUCAUCAUUAUCCAGUUCCCAGGAGCAGCAACAACCUCAUCGCUUCCAGCAGCAUCAGAAACCCAGCGUUGGUUAUCACUUGUACCUUUAUCGCCAGCAACUCGCCCAGCGAAAUGUGGAGUACAUUCGUCUGUCCAAGGCCAAGUACUGCAUCACGGAUACCCUGCUCUCCAAGACAGUGAGGAAUCUUAAAGGAUGCAGCAUCGAUGAGCUAAAGACAGUGAACAAUCAGAUUGUGUUCCGGCAUAAGCUAAAACAUCAGAUAAUGCGCCUCCGGAAACUGAAGAGUCUGGGAAUCAAGAAUGCCAAUCCCAAAAUGGAAAGCACCGAGCUGUGAAUCAAAGGAAUCCCCUGAAGCAAUCAGUUCUGACUAUGAUUUAAGCUUAGGCUCAAGAAUGACUCGAUUGUUUAGUUCAUAAAUUUUAACUUUUAAAUCUCCAAGUAAUUGCUAAUUAGCAGAGAAUACAUUCCAUAGUUUAAGUGGCGGGCACUGCAUAAAUCAUACUAAGCUUAAUAUUAAUCCAUUAAAGUACUUUUUAAGCUAGACUUGAAGUUAUAAAUAUGUUUAUAAA